AUGUCCGCGGAAGAGUUGAAGCUGAUCGACGAGAUGUUCGAUAACUGCGAGUACCAGGAAUCGCUGGACAUGAUCCAGAAGCUGACGGACCAGGACAGCUGUGAAGUGAAGUGGCGGCUGGCGAGGACUGUGUUUUUCCUAUCGAAACAAUCGACCGUGAAGGACGAGCAGGAGACGCUUUGCCGCCAAGCGUUCGACCAUGUGUCGGCCGCCCUGGAGACGGAUGGGGAUAACUUCGGUGCGAACAAGUGGUACGGUGCCAUACUGGCCGAGAAAGCAACGCUGGACGGCGUGACGGAGCGCAUCAAGCAGCUGGAAAAUGUGCAGAAACACUUCCAGCGCGCCGUUAGCUUGAACGGGACGUCCGAUUCCGGCAUUUGGCAUAUGCUCGGACAGUUCAACUACAAGCUGUCCGAGGUGAACUGGAUCACGCGCAAGUUGAUAAAUUCGCUCGCGCCAAAUCCCCCGACCGCCUCGUACGAGGAUGCGCUGGAUUGUUUCACCAAGGCCGAAACCAUCAAGCCGAACUUUUACGCGUUGAACUGGCUGUACCUUGGCAAGUGCCAUCUGGCGUUGAAGCAACCGGUCGAGGCGAAGGUGUGGCUUGAGCGGGGCGCUGCCGUCGAUGUGCGCUGCGAGGACGACCGGAUCUGCCGCGAAGAGGCCACCGAACUGUUGAAGAAACUGUAG